ACGAAGAAAUACAUCUACUUGCCGCAACAAACGAAGGAUGAUGGUCAUGGUGUGGCGGUCACAUGCAAAUAGAACAACAAUCAAAACACAAAACAUGUGCUGUUAGUCGCAGAACCCUGUCCCGAACCACAACGUCUAGCAGUUGCUCAUUCCUUCAACAAAACAAAGUACCAAGCACUCUAGAGGUGUUAUCAGAUUUAUCAGUUGCAAAAUCAAACCUGUGAAGUUACCAUUGUCAUCGCARCAACUGCCGUUCGCCCUAAAACUCUAUUUUCCCGCUAAGAUUUACAGAUUUGCAUUACCCAUACAUUACCAAAGAAAAUUWUARUACGGAGACACUUCCGAUCGUCUGUAUAGCAAACCUGGAAAAAUUGUUCUAACAUGCAACCAGAAGCUCAGCAACGGAAUAAUUGCGAUUGCAAUCAAGGAGACGAGGAUGAAUACASUUCACUCACAAUCUGCAAACAGACGGAAUCAUCACCGACAGAAAACGACACAGAGCAAGAAACAACUAUGAUCAGUAACCAGCACCCAAAUGUUCAAUGUUUGAAUGUCGACGAACCCCAGAAGCUGAAAUUGAUUGUACGAUCGCAAUAUUGGGGUAGAGGCUUGAAGGGUAGGACAUGUCGAAAUGUACAUACGAAAUUGAAUGUCAAAGCCCCACGCGUGAUCUCAAGUCAAGCCGUUUUAUACCAUACUGACGGAUUUUGGGGUUGUUGCCCAAAUCAUGGGAAGAGAGUUCUAGAGCUACAAGAAUACCACUUCUCCGYUGUGGGUUGUGAUUGGGAUUUGUACUUGGUAGGUACGUGGGUUUCUCCCGGACAACAUAUUCACGAUUUCUUUCUUUUGCCACAACAACAAGACUCGGUCGACAUCAGACACAACGAAAUCUAUAAUCGAUGGUCAUUCGUUGGAACAUGCAAAAAAGACAACAUUCAAUCUGGUAUCGAUGGUCUCCUUCGUAAUUUAUUGGAACAGAAUAACACCCACGGUCAUCGAUACCACCAUGCCCACAUUGAUAUAAUGAUGGAUGAGGCCUWUGAUCGUGAGACUCCAAGAUCGCGAAAGUUAAACAACGAGAAGCUUCGAGCGGAGCGAAGAAAUAGCACGAACUCAACGCCGAAAGAUUGCGAACGACAGGAAUCAUCUGUUUCCUCCGAUGGUACAGCAUCUACCGAACAAGCCACAACCGAUCACGAAAGUCCACCUUCCACCACAAGCCAAACCAGUAACAAGAACAACCAACAUGGUAUGAAGWCUAUUGGAGCUCCGCCUAUUCCUCGUGUAAUCAAUAAUGAUUCUACAAUGGUUUCGGGAUCAUAUCCRCUUCAAGCGCCACAUUCACUGCCAACCCCUGAAGCCACUUAUCGAGAUGCAGGGUGGACGGCAGAACCUACAUACUGGAACCAUGAACGUGGUACCGUUUCCUCACUUUAUGAGAUGCAUAAUGGUAGAUCGGCAACUGUUGCGACAGACUGCAACRMCCAACAUGUAUAUUGGCAAUCUGGCAAAAACAUGGCAUUUUCCGGAGGACUGCCGCCCCAUCCGUACCCCUGCUGGCAAACCUUUCCUGCGCCAGUACCUCRUCCACCGUAUCCUGUACCAGAUSUACACCACAUAUACAAUCAUCAGAAUCACCAGACUACUUUCGUUUAUCCAGGAAUGCACCACAUGUAUCACCAACACCAACCCAUGGGAGGUGAAAUGCAUCAAUAUUUCGAAUCGAUGCAUCUACAUCCACACUAUCCUCAUACCACAUCGCCCUCAUUGCAUUCGAAUAACGGUGUGGAAGCCGUUGUCGCCAACGAUUUUAAUCAAUAUCCCGRUACACAAGUAGACGCUACAAGUGAGGUUGCCAACCAAAAUCUCCCACUUCCUGCUAACAAAGGUUCGGCGUUGCCCGUCUCUUCUUCGCCUUCGGCAAGCGACGCUGCGGAGACUGUACCGCCCGAUGGUGAUUCUGUAAAUGGUGAGCCAGUUGACGAUAAAUCUACUGCCAAAGUCUCUGAGUGUAACACUGCCGAAGCUCGACAACAGUGAUCGAUACUUGAGAAGCACAAAUUCGAGGACCGAAUGAACCCAAGUAGGUUACUGUGCAUUGUCGCAUAUGGAUUCCACCUGAUGACCAAAUCAAUUUACAACGACGGAUGAGUCUCGAAGUGAAAGGUACCCUAAAAAUAGAAAAAUAAUACAUGUUUCCGCAA